AUGAGCUCCAAUUCGACAGCAUCCAAGCUCUCCUACCACGUCGCAGCUUCUUUCACUGGCAAAGACCGACCGUACGAUCCCUCGACACAUAUUUUCCAUUUCAACCCAUACAAUCGGAUUCAACUGAAUCGCAGCAAGCGAUCGAGGCCAGACAGCGGUCAUGACGCCUUCUUCGUCAGCAGGGUAGGCGAAUCCGGGUCGGUAGCCCUGGGCGUUGCCGAUGGUGUCGGCGGCUGGGUCGAUUCUGGUGUCGACCCUGCAGACUUCUCUCACGGCUUCUGCGACUACAUGGCCUCGUCAGCCUAUGGCCACGAUGCGAUCAAAAACGAUUCGACAAAAGGCAGUGGCGAUAAGGACCCAUUGCGGGCGCAGUCUUUGAUGCAGACCGGGUAUCAGGCGAUAUGUGAAGACAAGACGGUUCCCGCUGGAGGAAGCACAGCAUGCGUUGCCGUCGCCUCUCCAGAUGGAAACCUCGAUGUUGCGAACCUCGGCGACUCGGGCUUCAUCCAGCUCCGUCUGAACGCCGUACAUACCUACUCCGAGCCUCAAACGCACGCCUUCAAUACCCCUUAUCAGCUUUCCAUCGUGCCCCCCGCUGUGGCAGCACGCAUGGCUGCUUUUGGUGGCGCCAACCUCUGCGACUUCCCCGCCGACGCCGACGUUACCCAACACGCCCUCCGACACGGGGACAUAGUGGUCUUUGCGACUGACGGUGUCUGGGACAACCUCUUCAACCAGGACAUACUUCGCAUUGUGAGCAAUGUCAUGACGACGACGGGUGCCUGGUUCGACAGCAAGAACGGUGUGCGUGUCGUCGACAACCUCAAGCCCUUUACGAAGCCCUCAGAGGAUGCCUCCGUACGACCACCUUCAAAGUUCUUGACGCUGCAAAGCGUUCUGGCAGCAGAGAUUACCGCGGCAGCCAAGUCGGCUAGUCUCAACCGCAAGCACGACGGUCCUUUCGCCAAGGGCGUCCAGAAGUACUUUCCUCAGGAGAACUGGCAUGGCGGCAAGAUUGACGACAUCUGCGUCGUCGUGCUUAUUGCGUCGGAUGACGCCAAGGUCAAGAGCCGUCUUUAA